CAACUGCCAUGUCUAUCAGAGCUAAGAGUAUGACCAGCUUUGUGUAGAGAUGAGGUCAAUUGCUUGUGCUGUCCAUGGGCUCUCCACAAUUCACUUCUAACUACAGCAUUAAUCACAUAUUGAAGAGAGACUGCCCACGUGCCUAUACACCGGCUCUAACUUGCAUAGAUCAUGCUAUGGUUUCUGCUGCUUUAAGACUCCUCUGCAGCUUCCUAAACCUUUAGCUGAUGAAGAAGAAAUUGCAUCUUUUCAGAAGAUACUUAAUUCUCAGAAUACUCCUUGAAAAUACAUCUGGGCUAAUCUCAUCACCCAGCUGCUGGAAGUUUGCUGCCAAUAUUUCUUCUUGUUCUCUAUUCAAGUCCUGAGACUUAGCUGUGUCAGAAGGAAUAACAAAUGUGUCAUGGCGUGAUUUAUGUACCGAGUAUCUGUUGUAAUACAGCCUUCUUUUGUGAAUGGGAAGCAGUUCCUUACUAUCCACAGCUUCACUAAUGGGUCUAACAAAAUCAGCAAUAUGGACUUAAUGCUGUUUUUUUCAUUAUGCCUCUGUGGAUGAUAAUUAGUAUCAAUGGAGUAUAUUUUCUGAUGUGUGCACAUUGCAUAGACCAUAAAAACUUGAAAAAUAGAAAGCUGGCAUAGCUAGAUGACUUCUACCUUGUAAAAAAUACUUUGGUGCUUGUGAUAGUUGGGAGAGUGGUGGCACCACAACAGUAAUAAUUCUCUUGUCCUCAGGAUCGGUUUAAAGUGGGCAGUGGUGAUACUAGCUUAUUCUUGGCAUCUCCUGGGAUUCUUCCUCAACCCUGAUCUAGAGCAGCCUUCUGUCAGGUUAAGAGGCUGGUGCAGUUCCUGUGUCCUUUUUCCCAUUCCCAGCCUUCAUUUUCAUCUGCUUUACUGUCAAGAAGCACACUGCUUACAGCGUGGUAUACACAUCUGCUGACUUCCUACGGACUUUUGAGUAGUCUUCACACACGCACAGUUCUUGGUUACUACUCAGUUUAUCAGGCUUUAUACAGUAAGAGGCCAAAUCUUGUGUAUCCCAUGAUCUGCCUCCUAAAUCAGUCAGGUCUUACAGUCAUAUUUGAUUUGCAUAAACUAGUAGAGUUUCUUUCUUCUGGAGGCUGCAGGGUCCCCUUCAGAAGGGAAAACAUAACCUGUGGGAGAGAGAGAAGCAUGUCUGUGACAAUAGAACCAAGUGCUUCCUUUAUGUUGGGGUUGUACAUGCACAUCUUGCUAAUUUUUACUCUGGUUACUGAGACUUUUAGGAGAGACUGCAGUGUAGAGUUAUAAUCUGACAGUUUAUUGGCUUUGGGUUCAAGGUGAAGAGCGGGUUUCUUCAACCCUCCUUUUAAAGCUACAGGGGACUGCCUGGAAGAACACCCACAUGCAGGUUAAGAUUGGCAGAAGCAAUUAAGGGAGCCAUUAAGCCUCUGUCUCGAAACACGUGAAAAGGUAAAGCAAGUGUUCCUGUAUACUUUGCAGGCAAGGUGUUCUAGAGCCCUUCCUUGGUCAGAGGGGGAUAGGAAGUAGUGAGAACUGGAAUUUUAUUAAUAUAGUUGGUUUAGCUUAGUUUUGGCCUAACACAAUAUUAUUGCUGUAUGAAUGAAGUUUUCAUCUGAUUUGGUAUGUUAUCUGUGUUACAUAGGCAGCAAAAGUUCACUUGUGCAUGAGCUCAUUGGCAGAUCUUUGAAUCUUAAUAAGAGUAUUAGUACAAUUCUGCCUCUCUGGAGUGCUGAGUUCCUUUGUUCUUUUGAGAGAUAUUUGUGCUUUGAUAGAAGAUCACGGAGCAGUUAUAAGAGUAACAGGCAAGAAUUUGUCAUGCUUCUGUAGCAUACGGUUGUCAGUUUUGGUCUCCGAGAAGUCAGUAUUUGAUGUUCAUUUUGAAAAUGAGCAUCUGCCUUAAAAUACUAAGCUUAGAAUGACUUUGUAUGUUUGUUGUCCCUACAGUUUACAAGUAAGAAAGGAUGAAUAUCGAAUGAUCUUUCAUCUGAUCAUUUUUGUGAUCAGAGCUUUAUCAUAUGAUUAAAUUAGUUCAUUUGAAUCAUUUUAACUCUUUACAAGAUUAUUUAGCAAGCUGUUUUGAAUGGUAAAAAUGAUUUGUUUUGGCAAGAGAGCUUUACAAGGCAUAGUCAAUAUCUGAUUUACAUUCUGGAUGACAGCAAAAAUUAAUAUUUUUCCUUAACCAUAGAAAAUAUUAUGACUUCAACUUAAAAAUGAAUUUGCUUGCUUUGCAUGUGUAUUUUUCCUACAAAAUUGGCUGUAAUAGUUUAGGUGAGGUAAUGUAAUGGUUGAUGCAUCAUUGAUUCAUUCACAGACUAAUGUGGCAAAGUGGCAGUGUACUUUGGCCACUUUCCACCCAGAUCAAAGGUUAGAUGAGGCUGGCAAUAUAUUAAUGACUUUACCAAAGUGUGCAGUGUCAUUUAUUGAGAAAACAUUCUUAUGCACACUUUGGAGUGUGUGUGCUUAUUGAAGACCAUUUAGAUUUACAAAGACUGGAAUGAUCCUUUUCCCCCUGAAACCACUCUUGGCAAAACCACUCUAGUUAUUACAUUUGCCUUAGUUUACUUUCUGUUUCUGCAACAAAGCCUUUCAUUAAAGAAAGUGCUAACCACAUGGAAAGCUAAAAGUUUUGAUAAAUGACUGUUGUACAUAUGUAUUCAUGUUAGGUUAAGCGUUCUGUAUUAUGGAUAAGUUGGCAACUCUUCAUAAUCGUUGGGCUCAGAAAAAUGAGAGAGAAUCUAUCAGGCAGAAACUGGCACUUGGAAGUUUCUUUGAUGAUGGUCCAGGAAUUUAUACCAGCUGUAGCAAAAGCGGCAAGCCAAGCCUUUCUUCUCGACUACAAAGUGGGAUGAACUUGCAGAUUUGUUUUGUAAAUGACAGUGGCAGUGACAAGGAUAGUGAUGCCGAUGAUAGCAAGACUGAAACAAGCUUGGAUACACCUUUGUCACCAAUGAGCAAGCAAAGCUCUUCCUACUCUGAUAGAGAUACUACUGAAGAGGAAUCUGAAUCCCUAGAUGACAUGGAUUUCCUCACUAGACAAAAGAAACUGCAAGCUGAAGCCAAAAUGGCCUUGGCUAUGGCAAAACCAAUGGCCAAAAUGCAAGUAGAAGUGGAAAAACAGAACAGGAAAAAAUCUCCAGUAGCUGAUCUUCUGCCACACAUGCCUCAUAUAAGUGAGUGCCUGAUGAAAAGAAGUCUAAAACCCACAGAUCUGAGAGAUAUGACUAUCGGACAGCUACAAGUGAUAGUCAAUGAUCUCCAUUCACAGAUAGAAAGCUUGAAUGAAGAAUUAGUGCAGCUGCUACUUAUUCGAGAUGAAUUGCACACAGAGCAGGAUGCAAUGCUGGUAGACAUUGAAGACUUGACCAGACAUGCUGAAAGUCAGCAGAAGCACAUGGCAGAGAAAAUGCCAGCAAAAUAACACGAGAAGCCAUCAGACUAGAGAGCAAGCUAGAAUUGAUUUUGCUUCUGUGGUUGUACAAAUGCUGAUGCUGAAGGUGGUGCACAAGAAAAUCAGUGUUAGUCAUUGAUCAUGUCUGAAGCUUUAUGUCCAGUGAUUGGCCUCUGCUACUUAAUUUAUUUAUUUUUUUUUUUUACUUGUGCCACUAAAUAUCAGGCAUUUUAAUAUUAUUAUUACAAAGUGUACAGUACUUAUAAUAAGUCAAGGAUAAGAGGAGAGCGUAGUUUAACUUUUAUUUUUGUCUGUUUAGAGAUUUUAAGUUGAACAAUAUUUUACCAUUGACUACUUUUUAUUCUUCACUGUAGUUUUAAACAAAGAAACUGUAAUUGACGGUGCUAUAAAAGUCAAAAAAAUACAUGCCUGCCUCGUAGUGAAGUUGUAGCUUUCAGUAAUAUAUAUAUUUUAAUCAGUUUUCAACAUUUUGUGAAUGUUGACUACCUGACAUUCAUUUUUAGAUGUGCUAUUAACAUUCAGUUGGAUUCAAGAGUUACCUUGAAAGUUUUAUGUAUAAAUAUGUAAAAUAAAAAUUAAGAAAUUGUUUCAUAUGAUAUGUCUUUUUGUUCACUAGUGGUUGACUUCGGUGAUGCACCAGUAAUAUAUUCAUCCUACUAAAUGUGCAGUUCUUAAUUUCUCAUCACCAGAAAGGCAAAAAAAGGCUCUAUAACAUAAAAAAGGUAUGGAGACAGGACAGAAUUUUACAGACCUAUUUGUAAGUUCAUAAAGGAUGGAUGGCAUGGACUUAAGAUAUUCUUAUAUAAAACAUUCACUGGGAGACCUAAUAUUGUGACUAUUGUUAGAAUCAACAGACACACAUGGUGGGGGGGGUGUUGUUUUUGUUUUAAUAUAACUGUCAAAAAUAUAUAAAUCUGUGUUAAGACUUUUACCGACACUAAAUGUAUUAUGUGUGGUAACUGAUCGCUUCUCUACCUUGUUGGCUAAGAUCACAUUUAAUGUCUGUUCCCUCAGCUAUGUACCUGCUAUAUAGCCUCUUUCCUGGGCACUACUCUGCAUUUGCAGGAGAAUUGGCUACGCAAGCCAAUAACUCUGUUCUCUCUUGAACUUUGAUUUAAUGCUCAAAUACCACAUCAGGCUCUCCAUUCCAGUGUAGAUAGUAGUAGCCAGAAGCUACGAUGUACAUCAUGCAAAUCAGGUUGUCUUUUACGUUUUUUAUUUUUUAAUUUAUGAUAGAUUUUUCUUGAGUCAAGUUUAUGUCUAACAAUAUAUUCAAGUUGCUUUCAUAGAAGUAAGUGACACAUUCAAUUUUACCCCAUACAAAGAAUGUAUUUUAUAAAAUUCUGUUUCAUAGAAAUUAUGCAGUCCCCAAAUGAAACACUGAACUCAUGGAAUUUGGGCCUGUUUUUAAGAAAAUCUUGCUGUAGUCCCCCACUUUUUUUGUAAGAAACUUCUUUGGGGUGUAUGUGUGGUCUCCAGUUGGCAAUUGCCUUUACACCAGUAGGCAUACCAUGCCUCACACUUCCCAGCACUGGUGCACAUUCUGUAUUUUACUGCUACAAAGCGUGUACUGUUCUGCAGCUUUCCAUGAGGAAAAUGUUCACAGUUUUUUCCUUUAACUGGAAGAAUGUCAUUGCUCUGAACUUGCCACUACAUUUUUUUUACCUAGUUGAAGCUAGCUCAGUGGUUUUCAGACCGUUCUGUGGAUCACAUAGUGCAGCUGCCUAUUUCUGGUGAAGCACUUGUCAGUCCCUGAUAUCUGACACUGCCUGCCAUUUGUUGUCUACUCCAAAACUUCAUUUUUAAACUGAAUAAUCAUAUAGACUCUGCAUGACCACUUUGUGAUGCUGUUUCUCUGGUGUUGCUGUGAGUUUGAAGCUAAAGAUGACACUGAAUGUGGAGGGCAGCAUACAGGGAAAAGCAGCAACAAAAAUGCAGAUUCACUUGGAGAGGUGAAAGCAAGUCAAGGCUGCUGAAAGGCACCAAAGAGGGAUUUAGAACUGAAAAAACAAAGUGGGAUUUUUGUAGAAGUGUUCAGUGAUGUUACUACUACUCCUGUUGAUUCAUAUGAGAACAGAGGGAGGCCAGUACUGGAUUCCCUUGAAAACUACACCUCUGCACAGCUUCUGGGUAUCCAGAGAGAGGGAAUGAAUAGCACAAGUACAAAAUGUGGAAAUGUGCCAAGAACAUUUUGUCUUCGUAAUUCUGUCCUGAGAUUGUUUUGUCUCCUAAUCAAAAUUUGAAUUGGGAUUCAGAUGAAAAAAUGGUUAAGGGGGAAGUUUCCAGGAGUAUAUCUAUUAAGGAGUGAUCCACAAUACAUAAGGAGCUGGAGAACCACUGAGCUAGCAUAGGGAAUACAUAUAAGAUAGGAAUGUAAAACUAAGAUUAUUUAUUUUGCUUUCUUUGAAUCUAUGCAGAAAAAAAAUAUUUGGGGUGUUAAUUUCCCUAUGUCUUUUGGUUGUCUUGACACUGUUGUGAGUUCUGGUGUUUUUAUAUUUCUGGUUUAUAAAAUGUCCAUGUUUUCAGUGCUCCAGGGCCAAAAUUGUCAAAAUUGGGCCACAAAAUGUAGUUGCUUAAAUAAGUGGCCGCUCUCUUAAAGGUUUUGAGCAGCCACCAUUUUCUGUUAAAGACAUUGUGCAUACUCAGCAUUUUUAAUAAUUGGGCCACUUAUUUAGCACUCUAAAUGUGGAUUUAAAUAAUAUGUUUGAGACCCCAAAUUUAAAAGCGUUGGCCUAAGCUUUAAAAGAAAACAACAACAACCUUGGUACGUUCUAGGUGUGUGUAAUAACAUAUGAUAGUAAUGUCACAGUAGUGCUGAAUACCUCACAAAUGCAACUUCAUUUGUGAUAAGACUCUCAGAUUAUUUAACACUACUGAUACGCUAUAGUAAAAUUAACGUGCAGUUGAAACAAAUUACAUCUCAUGAGCAGUGUAGCUGGAUGAACUUGAAGGCAAAACUGAAUGUCUUUGGCAAAUUGACUGCAAGUGCUAUUGUGCUCUAGAAGAAAUUGAACCCUCAGUCAUUAUGUAUUGAUUUAUUAUAAAGCAUUAAUUUCCUGCUAGGUGUAGAGUUGAACAUUUAAUGGGCAGCCUUUCCUGCAAUGUACAUGCACAAAUGCUAUUAAAUAUAAUUGGAGUCACAAGCCUGUGUCAAACCAAAAGGUAUAUCCCUAGGAGGGACUCUGUUCUUUCCAUUUGUUAGAGGCAGGGAGCACCAAGAUUACAAGUGUUAGAACCAGCAACUCUAGAAAAGCAUUUGCUUUUUCAUGGUGCACUAGAAAAUAAAUUAUAUGGAACAAUCCUUCCCUAAAAGGUGGGUGAGCUCCAUAACCUAUCAGGCCUUUUCCAUCUCAGAUUUCUGAUUCACUCCAGCCAUCCAAAGUGCAGAGUUGUCUUGGCUUUCAGAGAUGAAAAUCCCAGGGUCCAUGCUUAGGCUGUUUGCUGAAACAGGUAGAUCUCACUUUGCCACCCAGUACUGGGUGAUGAAGAAAAACACUUCAGCCACAGCAUGGUUUUUGACUCCACAAAGUACCCUUAAUGAGGGUCAUAGUUAUGCAUGCAAUAAGAAAGGAAGAUGCUUGUAGUCUCUCCCCUCCUUUCCAGUGAAAUGCCAGGAAAUGUCCUCAAAACUUAAUACUGCCUAAGGCCACAAAACUCCCUCCAGUUAAUUGUUCCAGAGGGUAACAGAAUCCAAGGCAUCAGCUUAACUGCACAGAAGCCCAGUUGUCUAGGAACAGGGGUGGGAGGCCCUGACUGAAUUGAGACCUAGCAGUCAACCACACUCACCCUCACCCUUUUCUUUUGCUAGUCAAUUAAUCCUGUCCCAUCUCCUCAACCAGAAAUCCUUGGGAAACUGUAAGAAAUCUUGGGGCACGUCCCACAGUUUUUGCUUGCAUCCCAGGCCAUUCUGCAAGGCUUUAUAAGGGAGUGGGCAGUCUGAUCUCUGUUAAUACUCAGUCUUCACUCAGUCCUAAUUCAGGUACUUUCCCCUUUGGCUCCUGUAGAAUAAGCACAAUCUGUGCCCCUCCUGAGUGCCUAAGGGGAGCAUUUGGGCUCUAAUUCAACAGCAGCUAAUGACUUGCCCUCCAAAUGUGGCCCACUAUAGCACUCAACACUGCAGGAAGAAAACAUAAUCUGUGCAGCAGCACUCACAACAGCUAUCCACUCUGCACUGACACACAGCGAGCCUGCCCUUUUUUAUUGGUUUUGGUUCAUUGCUAUGAGAUAAUUGGAACAAAGGUGAGAGAGGGGCUCUCAAAUGAAAAUUUGUGCAUUGCUUUGAGGAAGGGGAUGCAUCUGGUCUAGGCAGCAUGUUUUAUUGACAACUGGGAGCAGCAACAGACACAGCUGUUGACCCAGAGACUGUGGUCCUGAUUGUGCUCUCAGCUUCAUUGAUAUAAUGCUUGGAUUUUAGUAGAGUUAUCUUGGACUUACAUUAGUGCAAAGUGGACACCAGUGAGAGGAGAAUUGGGCCUGUUAUUUGCAGUCACUAUGCCAUCCAAAUGCCAGGAGACUUGCUGACCUUAUCAAUGCAGACAAGUUGUGACGAGAAACAUUUGCUUCUAACCAAAAUGACUUGCAGGAGCUAACAAUUUUUAACACUGCUUGCACAUCAAGGACCACCUUUUGAUCUUAGCUAUCUUGUGUUCUCUGUUGACUUCAGUGGAGUUACUCUGUAUUUACAGCAGUGUAACAGAGAUCAAAAUCUGGCCUUUAGUCAAAUCUAGAUUUUUAGAUUUUAGGGCACUUGGGACAGGAAGCCUAGACAAAUUGGAGUUUUGUUAACUUGAUAAGUGCCUUUAACUUGAUAAUGAAAAGUAGUGAAAUGUGUUUAUUCAAUUAACCUGCUGUUAAUUAUUACCAAUAUUUUUUCUUGUUACAUCUUUAGUUUUGUUUGUUUUUUAACAAAAGAAUAUUGCUGGGUUACUGCAUCUUUCUUGGAUAUCUGUCCAAUGUACUAAAGUAUUGUGCUGAUGUGUAUGAUGACAAUGCUGUAGAAUUAAUGGAUUAAAUUACAUUUCUAAAAGAGAA